AUGAGCACAAGCUACAACCGACGGGAAACUAACAGUCGAUCCAAAAGCCUCUUCAGUAAAGUUACUCAACAGCCCAAAGAAGCUACAGCUACCAACCAUGGAAUUAGCGGGGAGAAGGGGGAAAACAAAAAUGCAAGAGAAGAAAAGCGAUUCAAAUUGAAAAAGCUCACCUCCACUCCAAAGGAUUUUACGCGUAAAAAUGACGAAGUUCAUUAUUCAGUCGAUAUUUGCCCCGUCAUGAAGGCCAUUAUCGACACCGAGCAAUUUCAGCGUCUUCGAAAUAUCAAACAGUUGGGAGCCUCGGACUUAGUUUUUGCUUCUGCUGAUCACAAUCGCUUCCAACACAGUAUAGGCGUGGCUUACUUGGCUCAGCAAAUGUGCGCUAGAAUAAGAAACAGGCAGCCACACUUGGGGACAACACUAAAAGAUGUUCUUUGUGUAACGCUUGCUGGACUGCUUCAUGACAUUGGGCACGGUCCCUUUUCCCACGUCUACGAACAUUUCAGAUCUGAGCGUACAUCAGAAAUGAAGAAGGACAGGAUUCGGAAGGAGAAGCAUGAAAAUAAUUUCCCUACCGUGCCACAAGAUUGGACACACGAAGACUCCUCGCUCUUGAUGAUUGAUGCUACACUAAAGUCUCUCGGUCUUGCAAUAGACGUAUCAAGUGGCAAGCUUGACGAGCCAUUGAAGCAGAUAGGAGACGGCAUUGACCGGCUGUCGAUGCGCGUUUUCAAAGGUGAUGGAACAGAUAACUUUGAUGAUGAUGACGUCCUCACGAGCCGUGAUUUCAUCUUCAUCAAGGAGUGCAUAUUCGGGAAACCAUUACGCGAUGUCGUUGAAAAGCUUGGUAAGGAAGAGCUAAUUGGAAGAACCGAUCCCAAGAAGGCAUGGUUGUACGAUAUUGUUGCAAAUCGGCACAAUGGUAUUGAUGUUGAUAAAGUCGAUUAUUUUGCUCGAGAUGGACGUCGAUCGCUUGCGUUGGCAGGGAAAAUCAACUGUCAAAUUAUUUAUGAGGCCAUGGUGGCGAAAGCUGACACAGACGAAGGAGAGCAGCUCAUGAUCUGUUAUCCCAAAAAAUGCGUCGAAGAGGUGUUGGAAUUCUUUAGAUUUCGGUUCAAGAUGCAUGGGACGGUGUAUCAGCACAAAACAACAAGCGCUGCUGGUGCCAUGAUUGUCGACAUUUUGAGGCUUGCAGAUCCUUACUACGUAUUGCCAGCAGGCAGUAAACGCCACUCAAUUAGCAGCGCAGUGCUUGACCCAGAUGCCUUUUUGGCUUUGAACGACAACAUUAUUGAAAACAUCAAGUAUUCGACAAGUGCGGAUCUCAAGCCUGCUAGAGAUCUUGCAGCGCGUUUUCUGAAGCGAGAUUUAUACAAGUUUGCUGGUGAGAUGAAUAUAAAGUCGACAGAUUCCGCGAUGAUAAAAAAAGCCAAGAACCAGCCUGAAGAAAUAGUACGAGAAAUCUGCUCCAUCGUGGGAAAUCAUGAAGAUGAAGAUGGUAAUCCCGUAACUCUUGAAGAGAGCGACGUCAUUGUUCAAUUCGGAUCAUGGCACUACGGUCGGAAAGAUGCAAACCCUCUGACAGCUGUUCGCUUUGUGAAUCGUCAAGCGCUUUGCAGUAGUGACGAAAUUCUUACUGCGCACGAGGUGAACGAGGACGAUUAUGAAACGCUGUUACCUCGAAAAUUUAUGAAGCAAUGCAUUCGAGUAUACUGCCGAAACCCCUCCAAAACCGACCUACUUCUCCACAUGUUUCAGGCAUGGAGGCAUAACCUGGAAAAUGGUGCUGAAAUUCAUGAACAACAAAGUAGCUCACCGUUCGCCAAUUCCCAGGAUCAUUUGACUGCCGAAAUUUCGAACUUGGAGAGACCUGGAUAUGCAAGUGCCGUCGCACUUACACAGGACUCAGGGGAAGAAGACAAUCACGCGUACACUCCCAUUAAGAGAAAGAUUCAGGCGACCAUGGAGGAAGAGAGUCCUAUUCCAUUGCAUCGCCGUCGUCUGAACUAG